AUGGGGAAGUCCAAAGGGCCGCGAUGUGAUGCGGAAGGGAGCCGUUGUAGUGUACCACUUGCCAUGUGGGAUUUUGAGCAGUGCGACCCCAACGCCUGUUCUGGCCGCCGGCUACAUCGCCGGAAUGCGCUGCGGUUGCUGAAGUUGCGAGAGCCUUUCCGAGGUGUAGUUCUUACACCAACAGCUGUAGAAACAUUGAGCCCAGCAGACGCGGGUUUGAUUGCACAGCUUGGAGUGGCUGUUGUUGAUUGCUCGUGGAAUCAGUUGGAUGCCGUGCCAUGGCGUCAGAUGAAGAUGGGCGCCCCACGCCUGCUUCCGUUCCUAGUGGCAGCCAACCCCGUGAAUUAUGGUCGGCCGCAAGAACUAAACUGCGCAGAGGCACUCGCUGCAGCGUUAGCUAUCGCUGAUCGUAUGGAUGAUGCAAGAGCUGUCAUGUCGUAUUUCUCAUGGGGUGCAAGUUUCUUUGAUAUCAACGCGGAACUUCUGGAAGGGUACCGGGGGUGCCGUAAUGCGGCUGAGGUGCUUGAGUUUCAGGAGCAGCACGUGGAAGCAGAGAAGAGGAGAAGUACUGCGCAAAGGGAAAUGGAUUUUGACAAUGUUGAUCUCUCGGAUGUUGGUCCACUCAACGUGAAGAGGGGUAAACUCAAAAAUAGACAUGCGUGGGAAGUAAAUACUGAAGAAAACAGCAGCUCGUCUGAUGAUUGCGGUGAAGAAACAGACGAAGAGUUGGGGAAGGUCGAUGAAGAAACUAGUGAGGAAGAAGAGCAAGUGGUUAGCGAGUGUAACGGAGUAUGA